AUGCGACUCUUGAACGUCCGGACACGCGGUUUCGAGCAGUUCUACGCCGAUGCUCCAGCAUACGCGAUCGCGUCGCACAGAUGGGCAGCAGCAGCCGAGACGUCCUAUCAAGAUGUGCAGAAGCACCGGAACACAGAGAAGGCAGGCUACAAGAAGGUGGAAGGGUUCGUGCAGUAUGUGAAGAAACAUGUCCCAGACGUGGAGUGGCUGUGGAUCGACACAUGCUGCAUCGACCAGAAGUACAGCGCCGAGCUAUCGGAAGCAGUGAAUUCCAUGUUCAAGUGGUAUCAGAAGGCCGUGGUCUGCCUUGCAUACCUUGUCGACGUGAGCGAUAGCGAGGAUGAGGAAGAGUUCCGGCGCAGCGAGUGGUUCAGACGCGGCUGGACCUUGCAAGAGCUGAUCGCGUCGCGGACUGUCAUUUUCUUGACGUCGGAUUGGCAAGUCAUUGGGCAUAAGGGGUGGGACAUGGGUGAUGCAAAAUCAUCACGACCUAUGGGCCGCUGUCUGACUCAGAGCGUGUCACAAAUCACAGGUGUUCCGGACGGCGUGCUGGACGACUCUCGCCGACUGGAGGCGUUCAGCAAAGAAGAAAAGCUCCGAUGGGUACAGGGCCGAAACACGACUCGCGAAGAGGACAUGGCAUAUUGCCUGUUCGGUAUCCUGGAUGCUCCCAUUGGCGCGAACUAUGGUGAGGGAGCAGAGCGAGCACGACGGCGUCUGUUGAAAGAGAUCGGACUUAUGGACGCAGAUGCGGCGCGACCAAAGCCGUCCAUGAACGUGCCCUUCCGUCGUGAGCCUGGAUUCAUCCCCCGCCCAACGUUGGCCGCUCAGGUGGAGGCAAGGCUGGCGCCAGCAGCCCGAGUUGCAUUAGUGGGCCUGGGUGGAGUUGGGAAAUCACAGCUCGCGAUCGAGCACUGUUACCGCGUGCACACGCUGCGCCCGGACACCUGGGUGUUCUGGUUGCAUGCGAGCAACGCAGUGCGCUUCGAGCAGAGCGCGCGCGACACGGCCGAUUUACUUCAGCUAUUCGGGCGCGAAGAUCCCAAUGCUGACGUUCUCCAACUACUUCGGAACUGGCUUCGCGAUGCGAGCAAAGGAAGCUGGCUUAUGGUACUCGACAAUGCCGACGAUGCCUCUUUUCUCCUCGAGCCGCCCACGGCCGUCGCUGAGACACGGCGUACGCAACAACGCAUCGACUUCGUCCCUUCUUGCGAGCACGGCUCCGUGCUCAUCACAUCUAGAAGCAAGAGCGAGGCGCUGAAGUUGGUGUACGAAGAUGAUGUAGUUCAUGUUAUGCCAAUGAACGAGGAGGAAGCACGAUCCUUGCUCGUAAGCAAAGUCAAAGGAGAGAGCGCGGACGACGGGAUACUUGUUCGAGCACUUGACUAUAUGCCGCUCGCCAUCGCCCAAGCGGCGGCAUAUAUACGAGAGCGAGGCCCGCGCUGCUCCGUGCAGCAGUAUCUCAAGGAGCUGGAGCAGAACCGCACAUCGAGAACGAGCCUCUUACGGCGACACGUCCCGCUUCCUAGCCGAGAUACAGAGGCGAGCAAUGCGGUUAUGCUCACAUGGCAGAUCUCGUUUGAGCACAUCCACAAGACGCAGGAGUCUGCUGCAGAGUUGUUGUCGAUCAUGAGUUUCUGCGACCGACUUGCCAUCCAAGAGAACCUGAUUCGUGCAGAUGGCGGGGACACGGAUCCUCCAGGUCAUUCUUCCACUUUCGAGGACGACAUUGUUACACUCCGAAACUUCUCACUAGUGUCUGAAACUCCGGACCCCCGGGAAUGGGAAAUGCAUCGGCUCGUCCAGGACGCGACACAAGUCUGGUUAGAAGAGCUCGGACGAUGCGAAGAAGCCUUUGGUCGUUUCAUUGAUCGUCUGUGCGAGGUGUUCCCAGACGGCGAUUUUGAGAACUGGGCUCUAUGUCGUACGCUGUUCCCACAUGCAACACGCGCGGCAGAGCGUAAACCAGUGGGCAGAGAUGCGCAGCUACAGUGGUCGACCCUACUAUACAGGAGUAGCUCGUAUGCUAGUGAGCAGGGAGAUUUUGCUGGGGCACUUAGCAUGGCGACUCAAUCUAUGGCAACUAGAUCCGAGCAGCUUGGCGACAAACACAGAGGGACUCUACGGAGCAAGGUGAUGGUCGCAAACACGUAUCGAAAUCAAGGACGGUGGACGGAGGCGGAGGAGCUUGAGGUAGAGGUAAUGGAGACGAGCAAGACGAUGCUCGGAGCGGUUCAUCCCGAUACUCUCACGAGCAUGGGGAAUCUCGCCUCGACGUACUGCAAUCAAGGUCGAUGGGCGGAGGCGGAGGAGCUUGAGGUGCAUGUGCUGGAGUCGAGGAAGACGACGUUCGGGGCGGAUCAUCCCGUUACACUUACGAGCAUGGCGGGCCUCGCAGCGACAUAUUGCAAGCAAGGACGAUGGACGGAGGCCGAGGCCCUCCAAAGUCUAGCAGCAGAAGGCUAUAAGACUAAGUACGGCCUGCAGCAUCCCGACACUGUCCUAGUUUUAUCGAAUCUUGCUUACGUACAGAACUUGAUGUCCCGACAACAUAUUAGCAACUAA